CGGCGGGCGCAGCAAAACAAAUAGAAUCUAACUGUAAAUUACAGUGCCUUUACAAAAAAAAACAAGCAACAGAAGCAGCCAAUCACAACAACAACAAAAUAGCAUCUGAAACAGAAUCCCAGAAUCAGAGCCACCAACAAAAUCUAUAGUCGACUGACUACACGGCGCCACAUGGCAGCACCUUUAGUAUGAAAUGAGGCGACCAAACAAACGCAUCGCCAGCGAAUCCCGCCACACCGAACACAAAGCACGGACCAGACCACGGCAGGCCAUUAGUCCGGAAUCAGUGACGAAAGAAUGAGCAGCAUUAAUCUGCAGCAAUGGUGGGAGAACUCUUACCGGCGCCAACACUUGGACACCAGUCAUGACCUCGACUCCGCGGAGCUUCACUACUCAACGCUCGAUUAUAACCAGCUCUCCACGGACCACGAUGGCUCUCCGGCCGACCUCGACUACGGCAACUUUAGUAUAGGCAAUCCCUACGAUCUGGAUGCAGCCAAUGGUGACCCCGAUCACGCCAUCUCCUCGCUGACGCUGCUUCUCCUCGCGAUUAGCUAUGGCCUGGUGGUCUUUGGCGGCGUCGUCGGCAACUCCACGCUGGUCCUCACCCUGUGCUCGGCCUCGUCGGUUCGUCUGCGGAAUCCUCUACUGCUGGCCGUCUGCAUAGCCGAUCUUCUGGUCACGGGUAUCUCUGCUCCCGUCACUCUCCUUAAUCUUGCAAUGAACCGCAGGACGCGAUCGCUGCCACUGGUGCUUUGUAAACUUAUACACUAUAUUCAGGUAAUGCCUGUAGCGGCCAGUACCAUUUCGUUUUUCAUGCUUUCCCUGGACCGCUACGCCACCGUUAAGCAUCCCCGCCUGGCGCAACUGCGUCAGCGACGCUACCUCCACGUAUCCUUGGCCCUCCUGUCCUGGCUGGCGUCGGCCACCAUUAGUACACCGUUUUUGUUCGCCUACAAGAUAAUCGCCAAGUCGGUGACGGUCAAGGGUGGCAGCCGGGGAGCCAACACCACUCCGAAUCCGGUCAGCAUCAGUUGCACCUCCGACUUGAGUGCCAACUCCAUGUUCAUGUUCAUCAUCUUCCAUACGAUCGCUGUCUUCGUGCUUCCGGGAUUGGGAGUGUUACUCAACCACUGUGGGGUGCGCCGCAAGCUCUGCGCCCUGUCGCUGACGGCUCGGGCGGCCCACGGCGAGCUGCCGCUGCCCAUCCCCAUCCUGCGCCGCCAGACGCAUAUGGUAAUCGUAACUGGCUGCCCCAAUGCUCAGCAGGAGGCUUGCGGAGGCGCCACCACGGCGGACGGAACGUCGAACGGUAAUGGUAACGGCGGGGGUACUGGAGGGGAUUCCAUGGCCGUGAGUCCUGGUGACAUCCAACUGCAUGCCCUCCAGCCUCGCAUGCCGGGAAUGGCUCUUGAACCGGGUUCCUAUCGCUCCAGCAAUCCCAUAUCACCCAGGGCCAUGAGGGAGAUUCGGGCCCACUCGCAGCGCCAGCGCAUCCAUCGCUCGGGGAGGGGUCCUGCCACGCCGGGAAUCCCGCUGCCCCAGACCUCGACGCUGCGAUCCCGCCGGCAUCUGGCCAAUAUGUUAAUCGCAUCCGCCGUAAUCUUCAUUGCCUGCUGGGCGCCGCAUGUCUUCUGUAUCUUCUACACGAAUUUCGGCUACAAACAGCACUGCAGCCAGACCUCUGUCUACUUCAGCCUUCUGCUUGGCUACUUUUAUUCGGCCAUUAGUCCGGUGAUAUACUGGGCGCUAAACCACAACUCGCUUCGACAAUCGCCCUGCGCCCCCAUCAUCCGGCUGCGCUCCAUGCAAAAUUUUCUAAGGUCGCGCUUCCGGACGCACACAGCCCCGCCGCCACCGUCAUCCACCAACGAGGCGGCCCUUGGGGCGUUCAACCCCAAGCUGAUCAAGCUGACACCGAAACAGUAUAGAGCUCAGGCCUCUUCGCAUUAUCUCUACUAGUUGUGAUACUAAACUAAACUUGAUAUACAUAUUGUAUAGACACAUAAAAGCAUAUAAUAUAUAUAUAUAUAUUUUUUACUUACGCCCUCCUGAAGUCCCCCUCGAAUCCCCAAAAUGCCUCCAAAC